AUGACAUCGUCGCAGCAUCCAUGGACGCCGAGUUACACGACUUUGCAAGCCCAGCGUCAAAAACCUCAGAGCCCAGAAGACUCACGGUGUAGCUUAAAUCCGCGACAGAAAAUUGCCUUUUCUUCUAUUCGAAAUGCAACCGAAAUCCCGAGUCUCCGGAGAAAAGAGUUAACAAACAAUGACUACCUAGUCAACUUUACUCACGAGGACGCCAAAGCACCAUACCCGCUUCAAGCUCCAUUGAAUUGCAACAUAGCAAAAUCCCCCAAAGAUACAAUUAAAGAAGAAGAAGACGAAGAAGGAAAUGAAGAUAGAGAGGAGGAGGAUGAGAGAGAGAAUAAUAAUAAUGGAAAUGAUGGACAAAUAGAAACUGGUAAUACAAGCCGCAGACUUCAACCAUCACUGCAGCGGACAAGGAGCGAUAUUGGGCCCAGAUUCGAUGAACUUGAUUUAGGAGAUCAUGGUUGGAGUGCAAGACAUGGUUUUGAGGACCAUUACGCAAGUGAAGAAUACGUUUCUCAACUGGCAAAUUUCAGUCCUACCCCAAUCGGAGUCACUAUAAUUGACACCCUGAAAUACACCAUCAUCAGACCUAGUAUGUCUGAAUCUUUCUUUCUCGAAGGCCAAGCAUGGAGCCCAGCUUCACUUGAUUCACGAGACUUGAAGGAACAGAUUGAUGGUCAUGUUGACGUUGUUCUGCGAUCUCUUCACAAUCGCGUUAAAGCCGAUCGCGCCCAAACCAAAAUUCUUAAUAUCAAAUCGUGCUGGCCAGGUCAUGCUCUAGACGAGUGGGCUGAUGAUUAUGAACAGAACUGGUACAUGUAUUUCACUGAUAAGCGCCAUGAAACCACCGGAAAUCCAAAGUUGCUAGGAUACGAGCUACAAGAUUGGCGGAUGAAGGACCGCCUUAAGACAAUUUCCGCAGCACUUGCUAUAUGUUUAAACAUUGGUAUAGAACCUCCGGAUCAAUUGAAAACAAAUCCCGGCUCGAAGCUCGAAGCCUGGCAAGAUCCAACACACCCUCCUGUGCAAAAGGCAUUGGAAAAUAUUGGAAAGUCCUUGCAAGCACAAUACGAAACAUUAUCCAUCCGAACAAGAUAUAAGCAGUACUUAGACCCCUCAGUUGAAGAAACAAAGAAAUUUUGCCAGUCCUUGAGAAGAAAUGCGAAAGAAGAGCGGGUUUUGUUUCACUAUAAUGGUCACGGUGUUCCAAAGCCUACAUCAUCGGGUGAGAUUUGGGUUUUCAACAAAAAUUAUACACAGUACAUUCCUGUAUCACUCUACGAUCUGCAGACUUGGCUACAGGCACCAACCUUUUACGUUUGGGAUUGCUCCGACGCUGGGAAUAUACUGAACAACUUUCACCGGUUUGUAGAGAAACACAAGCAAGAAGAAUCGGAAAGUUUAGCCAAGGAUAAAAGUCAUGUCUCUCAGGUUUACGAACCUUAUAUUCACCUAGCUGCUUGUAGUGUGAAAGAAAAUCUUCCUACAAAUCCUCUUCUCCCAGCCGAUGUUUUCACAUCAUGCUUGACCACUCCAAUCGAGAUGGCAUUAUGGUUUUUCGUUCUCAAUACACCUUUAAAAACUCAGCUUACUCCAGAGCGGGCAAAGAAAUUACCAGGUCGUUUACAAGAGCGAAGAACUCCACUAGGUGAAUUGAACUGGAUCUUUACCGCAAUUACCGAUACAAUAGCCUGGACAUCGCUACCUCGACCAUUAUUUAGAAGAUUUUUCCGCCAAGAUCUGAUGGUUGCUGCUCUCUUUCGAAACUUCCUUCUUUCGCAGCGAAUAAUGGCUGCCUAUAAUUGCCACCCACAAUCAUAUCCACAACUUCCUGAUACGCAUCACCAUCCACUUUGGGCAAGUUGGGACUUUGCUGUGGAAAUGGCUCUUUCGCAACUUCCGAUGCUCGAGGAAAAGGAAGCAGGGAAUAACCCCGAUUAUGAGUUUCAAAAUUCUUCUUUUUUCACUGAACAGCUAACAGCUUUUGAGGUCUACCUGACUCAAGCAGGGUCUAGACAAAAGCCUCCAGAACAGUUACCGGUUGUGCUUCAAGUAUUGCUCAGCCAACAACAUCGAGUACGAGCCUUGAUUCUCCUUGGUAAAUUUCUGGACAUGGGUCCAUGGGCAGUUAAUCUUGCACUAAGUAUUGGUAUUUUUCCAUAUGUGCUCAAACUUCUUCAGUCUGCAGCGCAUGAACUAAAGCCAGUCAUGGUAUUCAUUUGGACGCGUGUUUUGGCUGUAGAUAUUUCUUGUCAAGCAGACCUCUUAAAAGAUAAUGGCUACAUGUACUUUGCGUCAAUAUUGAAACCGAACGAAGGCCUUCCGGUUGUGGACAGCCUCGAACAUAAGGCAAUGUGCGCCUUCAUUUUAUCUCGUCUUUGCGAAGGAUAUCACCAAGGACAAAUUAUAUGUAAUCAAACAGAAAUUAUGAGUUUCUGCGCCGUACACUUACAAAAUGGCGACAACCCGCUUCUCCGGCAAUGGGCCUGUCUUUGUAUCAGUCAGCUAUGGAAGGACCUUCCGGAAGCGAAAUGGCGAGGCAUUAGAGAAAAUGUGCAUACUAAUCUUGCCCUUCUCAUACGAGAUAGCUGUUGUGAAGUUCGUGCUGCUAUGCUCUAUGCUAUGUCAACUUUCAUAGGAACAGAAGAUGUGACAGAUGAGGUCGCACGCGUCGAAAUUAACGUUUCUUGGACUGUCAUAGAUAUGGCUUACGAUGGAAAUGCAAUGGUUCGAAAGGAACUUCUAAUAUAUCUGUCAAAAUUUAUACAUCGAUACGAAAAUAAGUUCCUCGUAACAGCUCAUGAGCAAUUAUGCGAAGAGCGAGAUUCGAGACAAAGAGUGUUGCCCGAAGAUGAAUAUGCCCACAGAAUGGGAUUGCAUUUCGCUAAAGCAGAAAAUCGUAACAGUGAUGGGACAAUAAAAGAUGAUGCUCAAGGCAUCUCGCACAACUCAAUAUUCGCAACUAUCUGGAAGCAUGUUCUCAUAAUGGCUGUCGACCCACAUCCUGAAGUUCAACAGAGCGCCACCAUUAUCGUUGAUUACAUUUACUGUUCACUGUUCCAAUCACCUAUUGGCAAACAUGCAGAAAUAGUUGCUGAUGAAAUCAAUAGGCGGAGCUUUAAACCCGUUAUCUUCAAUCCCAAAUCAUCAGAUACCAGACCAACCACGCCAACAAUGCAAAAUUCCAAUUCCUCAGCACCCCAUACGACUGGAAUUCUCAAACGAACAGCAAGUUACUUGUUUGCCCCAUUUGGGGUAACCACUGGAGAUAACUCGUUUAUUGAGCCGCAGGCUAAACCAGGACUUAAAUCCCCAGGGUUACAGCGGAACUCUUUCUCCAUUCGUAUCAGACCUUAUGACCUCAACGCGCCCCAUGAGUUUGAUGAGGCCGGAAAUACUCCAGGGUCUUAUCACACAGCAAAGGAACCCAUAUCUGGCGGUUUCAGGUGUCGAAAUUUGACCGAAGCACCCAUCAUACCCCUCAUGAGUAAAUUUCUCGAGUGGUCUAUAGAGUAUUUUCGUGAACCUCAGAUGAAGCCAAAUGAAGCAGAAGAACCUGGUAGCUCUGACUAUAAUGAACGCUUGUGGCGGCGAUCACGAAACGAGGCAAUAUUACGAGAUACCCAGCCACAGAAAGAAAUAGCGGGUAGUGGAAAAUGGACCAUCCCAUCUGGGUUCUUAAAUAAUCAGUGUCAACCAAGUAAAAUGGUUUUUCAUCAAUUUGAGGAUCAUCUUGCUGUAGUAGACGAUAGAGAUACUGUUUGUGUCUGGGACUGGAAAAGUCAUGAUCGACUGAGUAAAUUCUCAAAUGGAAAUCCCGAAGGCUCGAAGAUUAGUGACAUCCAAUUCAUUAACGAGGAUGAUCAGGCUUUUCUGAUGAUCGGAUCCUCAGACGGCGUCGUUCGGAUUUACCGAAACUAUGAAUCUGAAAAGAAGAUUGAGAUCGCCUCAGCUUGGCGUGCGCUUACAGACCUUGUCCCUAGAAGUGUAAAUUAUGGCAUGGUCUUUGACUGGCAACAAGUUAGUGGAAGAUUGUUAGUUGCUGGUGAUAUCAAGGUUAUCAGGGUGUGGUCUGCAGCAAAUGAGCUAUGUGUCGCUGAUAUUAAUGCACGCUCAGGAUCAUGUGUUACAUCCCUCACCUCGGAUCAGAUGACUGGGAAUAUUUUCGUGGCUGGUUUUGGUGAUGGCGCCAUACGAAUAUUCGAUGCUCGGAAUCGGCCACAGGAAGCAAUGGUGAAGCGAUGGAAAGAUGGAGCUGAUAAAGUAUGGAUUAAAAGUGUCCACAUGCAACGGGGGGGGCAAAGAGAGCUUUUAUCUGCGAGUCGAGAUGGCAGAGUCAAGCUCUGGGACAUACGCAUGGAUCAGCCACUUCGAACAAUACGUACAACAAACCAAGUUCUACGCACCACAAGCACCCAUGAACACCUUCCUGUUUUCGCUGUUGGAACUAGUAAUCAUACUGUAAAGGUAUUUAAUUUUGAAGGCAAAGAGCUUUCUCGAGUUCAGCCCUAUUCAAACUUUUUGCAUCAAUCCAAACAAAGUCCCAUCUCCACCACAGCCUUUCACCCUCAUCGGAUGAUGCUUGCUUGUGCUGCGAGGCAGGACAACCACGUGAAUGUUUUUACAUGUUCGGAGAAACGGAGUAUCUAUGAUCCUUAG